AGAACAACCUGAUAUUAAUAUAGUUUUUGAGACUUUAGAUAACUCUGAUUAUAAAGAAGUUACAGAAAUUAAACCUGAAAGCAAUAAUAAUAAGAAGACCAUAAUAGAUUAUUUUGCUUCCAAUAUUGAAAGCAGUGAUGAAAAAAUAUUUAAAAAUAUUGAAAAUCUUGAAAACUUUAGUUGGAUAUUAAUAUGGAUCUUAAAAUACUAA